AUGUCUCCACUUCUGAAAAGCAUCUGUGACAUCACUGAAGUUUUCUAUCAAUAUGCCUCACAUGAUUAUGAUGGGGCAUCACUAAGCAAGAAAGACCUAAAGAACCUCCUUGAACAGGAAUUUGGAGCUGUCCUUCAGAGACCACAUGACCCCGAGACAGUAGAUCUGAUUCUGGAACUUCUGGAUCGCGAUGCCAACAACCGUGUGGAUUUCAAUGAAUUCCUCCUGUUCCUUUUCAAGGCGGCUCAAGCCUGUUAUUACGCCCUCGGCCAGGUUGUGGGGCUAGAGGAGGAGAAGCGAGUCCAGCGCGAGGGGAAAGGAGACCUGUUACAAGAUCGCAGGCAAGAAGACCAAAGAAGAUUCGAGACGCGCGACAGACAAGUCGACGAAGAACAACCCAGCCGCCGAAGCUGGCAGAAGAGUCAAGAGCGGGAGAGGGAGCGCGCUGAGGAAGAGGAGCAGAGGAACAAGCAGGAGAGGCUGGAGCAGCUCGGCAGCCAGCGCCUGCAGGGACGAGAAAGACAAGUGCGGGAAGAGCGCCGGGCCGAGGAAGAGCAGCUGAGGCGCAAGGGUCGCGACGCCUUAGAGUACGCCGGGGAAAGGGAACCGUACCGGCGCGAAGAGCCCAGACGCGAGCAGCAAGCGGAGCUGCGGCGGGAGCCGGAGGCGAGGCAGCUGCAGCGGCGCGAGCAGGAGGAGGAGAGGCUGGAGCAGGAGAGGCAGGUGGGCGAGGCGCGGCGGGACGAGACCCGCGCCCAGAGGUGGCAGCGGCAGCUAGAGAGCGAGGCAGAAGCCCGUCAGAGCAAGGUCUACGCCCGGCCCCGCAGGCAGGAGGAGCAGAGGUUCCGCCAGGAACAGCAGGAAGAGAGCAGGCGGCGGCUGGAGCAGGAGGAGGAGCGGCGCCGCGACUUCACCUGGCAGCGGCAGGCGGAGGAGGAGCGCCUGGAGCCACAACAACGGUUCUACGGCGACGAGGAGGAGCCCCGCCGCGACCGAGGCUGGAGGUGGCAACUUGAGGAAGAAAGCCGGGGGCGCCGGCAGGUGCUCUACGCCCAGCCCGGCCGGCGGGAGCAGCAGCGCGAGGAAGAGCGGCUGCCGCGCGGGGAGCAGGAGCUGCGGCGCGGGGAGCCGCUGCGGGAACUGGGAAGAGACCGAAGACGCCCGCAGGAGAGAGAGGCCCGAGAGGAGGAGCUGGAACGACAGCAGCUGCGUCGCCAAGAACAAGACCGAGAACUCCAGGAGGAAGAGCAGCUGCGCCGCCAGGAGCGCGGCAGGAAGUUCCGACGGGAAGAACAAGAGCUGCGCCAGGAGAGGGAGGAAGAGCCGCUGCGCCGCCAGGAGCAGGACCGACAGUUCCGACAGGAGGAGCCGCUCCGUCAGGAGAGGGAAGAGCAGCUGCGCCGCCAGGAGCAGGACCGGAAGUUCCGACAGGAGGAACCGCUCCGUCAGGAGAGGGAAGAGCAGCUGCGCCGCCAGGAGCGCGACAGGAAGUUCCGCAGGGAACAAGAGCUGCGCCAGGAGAGGGAGCAGCUGCGCCGCCAGGAAGAGGACAGGAAGUUCCGACGGGAACAAGAGCUGCGCCAGGAGAGGGAGGAAGAGCAGCAGCGCCGCCAGGAGCGCGACAGGGAAUUCCGACAGGAGGAACCGUUUCCUCGGGAGAGGGAAGAGCAGCUGCGCCGCCCUGAACAGGACAGGAAGUUCCGACGGGAACAAGAGCUGCGCCAGGAGAGGGAGGAAGAACAGCAGCGCCGCCAGGAGCGCGACCGACAGUUCCGACAGGAGGAGCCGCUCCGUCAGGAGAGGGAAGAGCAGCUGCGCCGCCAGGAGCAGGACAGGAAGUUCCGCAGAGAACAAGAGCUGCGCCAGGAGAGGGAGGAAGAGCAGCUGCGCCGCCAGGAAGAGGACAGGAAGUUCCGCAGGGAACAAGAGCUGCGCCAGGAGAGGGAGGAAGAGCAGCAGCGCCGCCAGGAGCGCGACAGGAAGUUCCGUGAGGAGCCAGAGCUCCGGCAGGAACGUGAGCAGCAGCUGCGCCGAGAUCGCGACCGAAGAUUCCAAGAAGAAGAACUGCGCCAGGAAAGGGAGGAGGAACAGCUGCGCCGGGAACGCGACCGGAAAUUCCGACAGGAGGAGCAGCUGCGCCGGGAAAGGGAGGAGCAGCAGCUUCGCAGCCGGGAGCUCGAGCAACAGCUGCGUCGUGGUCGUGACAGAAAAUUCCAAGAGGAGCAAGAGCUGCGCCGCCAGGAACGGGACCGAGAGUUCCGCCGGGAGGAACAGCUCCGCCAGGAACGGGACCGAGAGUUCCGCCGGGAGGAACAGCUCCGCCAGGAACGGGACCAAGAGUUCCGCCGGGAGGAACAGCUCCGCCGCCAGGAACGGGACCAAGAGUUCCGUGGGGAGCAAGAGCUGCGCCGCCAGGAACGGGACCGAGAGUUCCGCCGGGAGGAACAGCUCCGCCAGGAACGGGAGCAGCAGCUGCGCCGCCAGGAACGGGACCAAGAGUUCCGUGGGGAGCAAGAGCUUCGUCAGGAACGGGAGGAGCAAGAGCUGCGCCGCCAGGAACGGGACCGAGAGUUCCGCCGGGAGGAACAGCUCCGCCAGGAACGGGACCGAGAGUUCCGCCGGGAGGAACAGCUCCGUCAGGAACGGGAGGAGCAGCAGCUGCGCCGCGGUGGUGACCGCAGAUUCCAAGAGGAACAAGAGCUGCGCCGCCAGGAACGGGACCGAGAGUUCCGCCGGGAGGAACAGCUCCGCCAGGAACGGGAGGAGCAGCAGCUGCGCCGCGGUGGUGACCGCAGAUUCCAAGAGGAGCAGGAGCUGCGCCAGGAAAGGGAGGAGCAGCUGCGCCGGCAGGAGCGCGAGCGCCAGUACCGCCGGGAGGAGCGGUUUGUCCGGGAGGACAGCGGCCGUCCGGAACGGGAACUGCGGCGUGAAGAGCAGAUCCGUCGUCAGGAGCAGGAGAGGAAAGUCCAAGAAGAGCAGAUCCGUCGCCAGCAGGAGGAGCAGAGGCGCCGCCAAGUCCUGGAGCCUGGCAGAAGCCAGUUUGCCCACGUUCCCGUGCGCUCCAGCCCUCUCUAUGAGUACAUCCAAGAGCAAAGGUCUCAGUACCGCUCCUAAGAGAUGCUGCCAACAUCCUGACACCUGCCGAAGCUUCAAGCCAAAGAAAAUGAGAAACACAGCGUACCAAGUUAUAACUUACAAGUUUCUGGUUGUGGGGAAAAUCUCUGGUGUUACAAUGCGUUUUUUCUUCCAAAAUCUCCUAUUACACUUACUCCAUUACUUUGUACUCCUGCCUUUCAUUCUUCCUCGGGUAGUUCUUUAUGGCAAGAUGUCUGCUCAUUGGGCCACAUGUGUCCAUUAAAAAAAAAAUACUUGUCAUUCAUUUGUAUUGGGAGUUUUGUUUGAGAAACACAUUGAUUUAUUGCUUUAAAAAUAACAAAAACAAUACAAUUUGAGACUCGAAACUUUGGUCGGUGAUUUUAAUGGCUGAUCAUCUUGUGGAGAAUUCACAUAUUUUUUAAGUUAGUAUUUUUACUUGGACCUAAAUUUUAUUCGCCUUUACCUUCAAAUAGUUUCUCUAUUUUGUCAUAAUUAUCAUAGAUUCUACCAAGUAGCUAAUAUUUUACAACUCCCAAUUCCAUCUGCAGAAAAAUCCCAUGUGAAUUUAGGCAAUACCUGGAAGAAAUAGCUGUUGUGAAUACGUUUUUAACUUGAAAAUUUAAAAUUUGGGAUUAGAUAUUUUUAUACUUAACUCCACUUGAAACAUUUUAAAUCUCAUGAAGCAAAAUCAGGGUGUUUCUCAUACUUCCAAACUCAAGUUUUAAAACUGUGUCUGUAGUUUGUAGUAUGCAGUUCUAUUCCCUCAAGUUCUGAUGAGUUUGAGACUAUUGCUGCUUUUGUUUACAGCUGAGAAGGAGCCUAAUCAAGAUCUUAUAAACAUCUGUCUUGCUCUAAGGACAAAAGAGACCACAGCAUGUUUGGGAGAGGGGGAAAUGUAAGGUUUCUAGAAAUCCUUUGAUAAGACUCAUCAGCCCCAUAAUCCUUUGAGGCCUGAUACUACCUUGGAGACAUUCUUGUUGAAAUGAUUGGUCUUUGUGAAAAAUUAAUAAAUG